AUGCUUCCUACUGAGUGCUGUCUUUGCAAAGUGUUCGAGAAAUUGUAUGAAACGGGAAAGCCUCAAGCUUGUAGAGAUGAAUCUUUACUGACGAAACUUAGAUAUUUGAUUAAAUAUGUCACGUUCAAUAUUUCAAAUGGUGAUGAAGUUUUACACUUCAUGAUAUUGUUAAGAAGUUAG